AAGUCAUCCGCGAACCAUUGUCCGGUGUAGACACACGGCGUGCUUUCUGUGGGGCCGGUUCGCGCCAGCGUCUAAACAAAGUUAAACACCGGCCGUCAUCCGUUGGGUGAGGGAGUUUUUUCGGGCGUUUGAAGUGGUUAAUGUGUUACGUUCCGAAUGAUCGGAAGUGAAAUGUGAGUGUCCUCUGUGUGGUGUGAAUUUUAUUUUCGUUUCUCAAUGUUGGCUUUUUGAUUAUGCGUCCUGCAUCGAGCAAAGCAGAGCUUCCCGGGAGCUGAACAGUGUGUUGGGUGUGAUUUCAGUGAACUGUGAACUUGUGCAUUUCUUUUCUAUAUGUGAUGUAGAGUGAAAUUUUGCGUACAAUAGCCCUUGCCACAGUUAUCUAACCGUAUUGGGUGUGUGUGUUGUGAAUAGAAAAUUGAAAAAUAAUUGACGAUCGCAUUAAAAAGCAAUUAAACGGACGCCUGUGCAUGUAAAAGACCGUGCAAAGAUGUCGACCAAAAUCAGCAACGGCAGCAGCGGAGGUGGGAUCAACACUGCACCCAACACGACCUCAAUCACUACCAACAACAAUAACAACAAUAACAACAACGAUUCGCCGGAUGUACAGGUCACCGUUAAGGAUCUUCCUAUCUCGUUUAAGGUAAAAUAUCUCGGAAGUCAACCCGCCACAGGACUUUGGGGAAUCAAACACACGAGGCUACCAGUAGAUCAUUUAGUCAGCGUUGCCAAAAACUUACCACCAAAUCGAAUUCUUCCCUUCUGUAACCUUACCGUCUCGCUGGACGGUGUUAAGAUCGAGUCCAUCACCUCCAAACUGACAUCGGUAUCGAACUUUACGAUCGAUACGAUCUCGUACGGCGUGCAGGAUCUCGUCUACACGCGAGUAUUUGCAAUGAUCGUCGUCAAGGAGAACUAUAACCUGAAGGAGAAAAAUCCAUUCGAUGUGCACGCAUUCGUGUGUGACAGUAGAGCAAUGGCACGGAAGCUUACAUUCGCCCUAGCCGCCUCCUUUCAGGAUUACUCCAAGCGGGUGAAAGAAGCGGAAGAAAAGAACGGUGGCAGUGGGUGCGAUACGGAGAAAUCACUGCGAAAGAAGUUUGCCAUCGAUUUGCGGACGCCGGAAGAGAUGCAGCAGGACAUUACGGAGCAGGAGACGGAAGCGUGAUUGAAAGUGGAAGUGGCUCCACACAGCAACAACAACAACAAUAACAACCAACAGAACAUUCACACGGGACCAACCUGAGUGCAAAUCCUAGUCCUAGUAUGCUAACCUGAACCGCUGAAACCUGGGGGGAGGGCUGUUUGGUUUUGCUCGUGUCUCCAGGCGCCGGGCGGUCGCUGGACAUGCGUACCAACAGAACGCACGCACUGUACCAAAAUGUUUAAUUUGUGUUUGCCUUUUUGAGUUUGCUUUUCAUAGCGCGUGUUUUUUUUCCAUUGUUGGUACCGCUUGCAUGAUUUUAUACUAGUUGUAUAAUUUUAAAACUGAAACAAUCACACGAACCAGGCUUCCUAAAUCGAUCGUAGUUUGUCGAUAGUAGUAGGUACGGUGCGAUCUGCGCAAUUUCAGUAAGGGAUGCGCAGAAAUUUAAGAGGUUAUUGAAGGAAACAUACGUUGAAUAGAUCGAUAAGUAAGAUGGGGAAGGCUGGCAAGCUGCCCUCCUUAAGCUAACAGAGGCGAGUGAUUUUAUUUCAAUAAACAUUUGUGAGUGCA